UGGUUGCUUUAAAUUGCGUUAUUUCAUUAGCAUGUAUGCUGUUUGAUAACACUGACAGUACCAUUAUUCAGUGUAUGGAAUCCUGGGAUUUGUAGUUUGGGGAGGCACCAGCUCUCAUUGUCUGUUAGGAAUUGUGGGAGUUGAAGUCCAAAACAUCUGGAGGGCCAAAGUUUGCCCAUGCCUGAUCUAGAGGACCUGAGUUUGGGAACUGCUGCUUUAAGUUAUUCAAACCCUCUCCUGUUUCUGGGGAAAUGCCUUGAAAGCAGCAUCUCCCCAUGUCUUUCGGAGGAAGGAUUAGCUAGUUGGCUUCCAAAGAGUUAAAGCAAAGGACGUGGAUUCCUAGAGGGGAAGUCAGUGGCCAAUGCUAAGCCUCCUGCAGGCGAGGUCCCUCCUCUUCUGGCCAUGUGGGAAUCUUCCUGGAGGAGGAGGAGUGACUGGGUGAGCCUUGCAAGGCUUGUGGAGGAGGAGAGAGUGUGCCUUCCCAAGAGGGAGAUGGCUCUUCUGCCCAGGCUGGAGCCUGGCUGCAAGGACACAGGGCAGGUGGGAAAGCAAGAAGCCUUAGACCCUGAGCCAAGCACGGACCCUCCUGCCUUUCCUGCUGGGAAUGGAGGGCAAUUCUGGGAAGGAGGCCUUUUGGGGAAGGGGCUGCUGGGAGACAGCCCACCUUCAGAGGCAGAGUGCCAGAGCUUCAGGCAGUUCAACUACAAGGAGGCUUUGGGGCCCCGAGAGGUGUGCAGCUGCCUCCACUCUCUCUGCCGCCUGUGGCUGAAGCCUGAGGAACAUACAAAGGCGGAGAUGCUGGACCUGGUGCUCCUGGAGCAGUUCCUGGCCGUCCUUCCUGCGGAGAUGGAGCGCUGGGUGAGGGAAUGUGGGGCAGAGACCAGUUCCCAGGCCGUGGCUUUGGCUGAAGGAUUCCUCCUGAGUCGGGAAGAAGAGGAGACGGAGAAGGAGCAACAGGCACAGGACUUGUGUGCAGAAGUGGCCACUGCAUUGGAAAGGCCUCCCUCCACCUGCAGCCGGAUGCUGGAUUGUGCAGGACAAAGGGAAUCACCCAGAUCCACAAGAGGUGAAUCAGAACCAACACAUACUGGCUUCCCUCUUUCUUUUGAUGUUCUCAGCACGAAUUCUGUGACACCAGAUCAGGUGACUUUCCAAGAAGUGGCCGUGUCUUUCAGUGAGGAGGAGUGGGCCCUGCUGGAUCCGGACCAAAGGGCCUUGCAUCAACAAGUCAUGAAGGAAAAUUUGGAAACUGUGUCCUCUCUAACUACUCACAGAGAAGGGGAAUCAUCUCAAUACUGGGACUGUGGAGAGAAUCAGGAGCUGUGCCUUUCUGGUCAGCAAGCAACGUACGCUAAGAGGAAGCCCUUUAAGUGCUUGGAGUGCGGAAAAUGUUUCAGUCAGAAGACAAGCAUUGCUCAUCAUCAAGCAACGCAUACCGGAGAGAAAGAGUUCAAGUGCUUGGAGUGUGGAAAGGGCUUCAUUCAGAAGAUACACCUGACUUAUCAUCAAGCUCUUCAUACUGGGGAAAAACCAUUUAAAUGCUUGGAGUGUGGGAAGAGUUUCACUCAGAAGAUAGGCCUCACCUAUCAUCAAGCUACUCAUACUGGGGAGAAACCAUUUAAAAUGCUUCGAGUGUGGGAAGUCUUUUAUUCGGAAGGGAAAUCUCACGUCUCACCAAACAAUUCACUCGGGAGAGAAACCCUACAAACUGCUCCGAGUGUGGAAAGAGCUUCCGUCAAAAGGGAUGCCUUGCCUCUCACCAAACCGUUCACAUAGGAAUCUAAAC